CACAAGGCUUAAUGCUCCUUUAGAGAUGCUAUCUGUGCUCUGCCGUGCCCUCCUGCUCAUCCUAGCUCAACAGGGCCUGAGCGGGGCCCAGAACCAGGGAGAUGGCCAGGCAGCUGUUGAGAGGCGGCAGUUCUGCCAGUGGCCAUGCAAGUGCCGGGCAAAGCCACAGUGCGCCCCCGGCGUCAGCUCCGUCCUAGACGGCUGCGGCUGCUGCAAGAGCUGCGCCCGGCAGAUCGGAGAGCCCUGCAACGAGAGGGACGUCUGCGACCCACACAAGGGCAUGUACUGUGACUUCUCCGCCGACCAGCCCCGAUAUGAGGUUGGAGUCUGCGCAUACCUGAUGGCGGUGGGGUGUGACCUGAAUGGGGCCCACUAUGAGAAUGGACAGGCCUUCCAGCCCAGCCCCCUCUAUAAGUGCACAUGCAUCGCCGGAGCCAUUGGCUGCACCCCUGCCUUCAUCCAGAAGCCCGCAGGCCUCCUGGGUCCCGCCCCGUUGAUGAGCAACGUGCCAGCAGGCCUCCGGAGUGGUCCCGGCCCCAGGAAGCACCAGCAGGACACGACCUACAUGUCCAUGCCAGCUUACAGGGAUCCUCCUUUAGCCUGGAAGAAGAACUGCUUGAUCCAGACCACCCCUUGGAGCCCCUGCUCCAAGACCUGCGGCCUGGGAAUCUCCAUGCGGGUCAACAACGACAACAGCAAGUGUGAGAUGAGGAAGGACCGGCGCCUGUGUUUGCUGCGGCCAUGUGUGAAGACCGUGCUCAACAACGUAAAGCUGGCGAAGGGAAAGACGUGUCAGCCGAAGUUCCAGGCGAAGAAAGCGGAGCGGCUUAGGUUUUCCGGCUGCACCAGCAUCAAGAAGUACAAGCCCACGUACUGCGGCGUGUGCACGGACAAGCGCUGCUGCGUCCCCAACAAAUCCCGCAUGGUCACCGUCAGCUUCAGCUGCAAAGGAGGCCCCGGCACGCGCUGGAAGAUGCAGUGGAUCACCUCCUGCGUGUGUCAGAAGAGGUGCGACGACCCGGGCGACAUGUUUGCCGACCUGCGCUUCCUCUAG